UACGAAGCACACGUUUCAUAUGAACCAGACGUGUUCCCAAAGCGGGACGAGAAGUACGAGAACGUUUUCGGCGUCUCUGCACGCACACGGCACACGUGAGAUCGCAAUGGAAACAUUUCACGAUAAAGAUAGCGAACAUUGUGUUGAAGCAAUGUCUCGUCUUUCCAUGGAGGAAUCAGAAUGUACGAAACCACGAAGCAAAGGUGAAACCAGGGGACAAGGAUCUACUGGUCUUACACACGAAUGCGGUGUUUUCGGAUGUAUAGCUGCAGGGGACUGGCCAUCACAAAUUGAUGUUGCUCAAGUUAUUUGUUUAGGUUUAGUGGCGUUGCAACAUAGGGGACAAGAAAGCGCUGGAAUCGUAACAAGUGAGGGUGUCUGCUCCAAGUCAUUCCAUGUUCAUAAGGGUAUGGGAAUGAUCAAUAAUAUUUUCACCGACGAGAUUAUGAGAAAACUCAAAGGAAAUCUUGGAAUUGGUCAUACCAGAUACAGUACAAGUGCAGCCAGUGAAGAAGUCAAUUGUCAGCCAUUUGUUGUACACACUGCGCACGGAGCACUGGCAGUUGGACAUAAUGGAGAAUUAGUCAAUACAGAGUCUCUUCGAAAAAUGGUAUUAGGUCGAGGCGUUGGUUUAUCAACGCAUUCGGACUCGGAGCUUAUAACACAAGCACUCUGUUUGAAUCCGCCGGAAGGUGAAGUUAAUGGACCAGAUUGGCCUGCACGUAUCAAACACCUUAUGCAAUUGGCACCGCUGUCAUACUCCUUAGUCAUAAUGCAGAGGGACAAAAUUUAUGGCGUAAGAGAUCCUUACGGAAAUCGACCUCUUUGUUUAGGGAAAAUUGUACCAAUUGGCAAUUUAGCAAGUAACGAGUCCGAUGACGAUGACGAUGAAGCAGAAGGCUGGGUAAUUUCGUCGGAAUCUUGCGGAUUCUUAAGUAUCGGCGCAAGAUAUGUUCGCGAAGUAUUUCCUGGCGAAAUUGUGGAACUGACUAGAGAGGGUAUUAAAACUAUAGAGAUAGUGGAAAGGCCAAAUAAAAAACCACAGGCAUUUUGUAUUUUUGAAUAUGUCUACUUCGCUAGAAGCGACAGCAUUUUUGAAGGUCAAAUGGUAUAUUCCGUUCGUAUGCAAUGUGGACGAGUGCUAGCGAUAGAAUCCCCGGUUGAAGCAGAUAUAGUUAGUUCUGUACCAGAAUCAGGAACUGCAGCGGCACACGGAUAUGCCAGACAAUCUAAGAUACCUUUCGCUGAAGUGCUGUGCAAAAACAGAUACGUAGGUAGAACAUUUAUUCAACCCAGCACGCGACUGAGACAGCUCGGAGUUGCCAAGAAAUUCGGAGCUUUGUCAGAGAAUGUAAAAGGAAAAAAAAUAGUUCUCAUUGAUGACUCUAUCGUGCGGGGAAAUACAAUCGGCCCCAUCAUUAAAUUGUUAAGGGAUGCAGGCGCUAAGGAGGUUCAUAUCAGAAUAGCCUCGCCACCGCUGAAAUAUCCGUGUUACAUGGGCAUCAACAUUCCAACGAGAGAAGAACUUAUCGCGAAUAAGCUUGACAGUGUAAAAUUGGCCAAACACGUGGGAGCAGACAGUUUAACGUACCUUUCAGUCGAGGGGCUUGUCGAGGCGGUCAGAUAUCGCAUGGACAAUCGCGAAAGUAAUUACAUCGGUCACUGUACUGCCUGCCUAACGGGAGAGUAUCCAGACGAAUUACCUGGUGAUCUCGACUGGUAAAGACGCAUGAUUUUUUU